CUCCUUCCCCUUUUCUCCUCCAUCCCUCCAAUAACCUUUCCCUCCAUUUUUCUCUUCUCAGCUCCGACCUUCCGCUGCAGAAUGGACUGCAAUUGUGUCUCGGAUCUGCUCCUGACUUCUCCGGUUCCGGCUCUUUGGACUCCAGGUUUCGCCUUCCCUGACUGGGCCUACAGCCGGAGUCGAGCCCCGGAUCGCGCCAGAUCCACUCUGCACUUCAUCCUGGAGCUGCUGCAGAAGGAGGAGUACCAGAACGUCAUUGCCUGGCAAGGGGACUAGGGGAGUUCGUCUCAGGACCCCGACGAAGUGGCCCGGCUCUGGGGCAUCCGGAAAUGCAAGCCCCAUAUGAAUUAUGACAAGCUCAGCCGGGCCUUGAGGUAUUACUACAACAAGCGGAUCCUGCACAAGACGAAGGGCAAGCGCUUCACCUACAAGUUCAACUUCAGCAAAGUGGUCCUGGUCAACUACCCGCUGCUGGACAUGGCGGCCAACUCCCCCUUUCUGCUGGCCCAGAACCCUUUCAACGGGGGCAGCCAUGGGGCCGACUGUGCCCCCCUCACCCCAGAGACCCUGCAAAGCCUCUUCUCCAACCCUCGCUUGGGGGACCCAGCCGCCCGCACCCCACUCUUUGAACGGCAGACGGAGACGGAGAAACUGCGCUUGGACGCGGCUUUCCCUUUCCUGGGGUCAGGUGUGGCUGGCUACACGAAGCCCCCCGGUCUGCUGACCCCCUACAGCCGCAACGCCUCCUUCCCCGACUACCCCUGGAAUUUCAACCCUUACCUCUCCAGCGCUUUCCCCCUGACCAAUGCCAAGCUCCCCGCCUCCCUCUAUUCUCCCCAUUUCUACCCCAACCCCCUUUCCAGCUCGCUGGCCCAGCUCCCGACCCCCAUCUCCCUCCUGCCCACGGAGACCCCCGAGAGGCCCGCGGCUCUGGGUUCGGGUGCCGUCCCCCGUCUCUGCCUGCCAGCCCAUGGUGGUGCCAUGUCCUCACGGGGGGAGGGCAAUGGGACGGUCCACCGCGAGAAGGAGGCACCAGGGGUCCGGCCACAGAGCCCCUCUGGGGGACGGGGGUCCAAAGAGGACCCUGCCUCCGAUUCGGAGCUGGAGAUCACCGACCUGAGCGAGUGCAGUUCAGAGAAUGAAGGCUGCGAUUUCAGCCCAGAAAGUCUGGAGGCGCUAGAGAGCCAAGUGCAGAGCUACAAGCGGCUGGAGGUGGAACGGCCAGCCGGAGAAAGGUCCCCUGUCCGGCCAGAGAAAGAGGCCGUGGCCACCACUGGGGUCAUCCUCAGCACCGCCAAGGAAGGGAAGAGCCUCCCGGGCAGCUGA